CGCCCCCACGCGCGAAGGUGGCGGGCGCCUACAAGAGCCGACGACGGCGCGGCCCGCGGACACACGGCGCGGACACCUGAGCAGCAGCCCCCGACCCCGGCGCGACCAUGUCCCAUCACUGGGGAUACGGCGAGCACAACGGCCCUGAACACUGGCAUAAGGACUUCCCCGUUGCCAACGGAGAGCGCCAGUCACCCGUUGACAUCGACACCAAGGCCGUCGUUCACGAUCCUGCUCUGAAGCCUCUGGCCCUUCUCUAUGAGCAAGCAGCUUCGCGGAGAAUGGUCAACAAUGGUCACUCUUUCAACGUGGAGUUUGAUGACUCGCAGGACAAAGCAGUGCUGAAAGACGGACCUCUUGCUGGCACUUACAGAUUGGUUCAAUUUCACUUUCACUGGGGUUCAUCUGAUGACCAAGGUUCCGAGCAUACUGUGGAUAGGAAGAAGUACGCUGCAGAGCUACACCUGGUUCACUGGAACACCAAGUACGGGGACUUUGGAACAGCAGCGCAACAGCCUGAUGGACUGGCUGUUGUGGGUGUUUUUCUGAAGGUUGGUGAUGCUAACCCAGCUCUCCAGAAAGUCCUUGACGUGCUGGAUUCUAUUAAAACAAAGGGUAAGAGUGCUGACUUCCCUAACUUCAAUCCUAGCAGCCUCCUUCCUAAAGUCUUGGACUACUGGACCUACCCUGGCUCACUGACCACCCCUCCUCUCCUUGAAAGUGUGACCUGGGUCGUGCUCAAAGAACCCGUCUCCGUUAGCAGUCAGCAGAUGUUGAAAUUCCGCAGUCUUAACUUCAACGCAGAGGGUGAGCCUGAACUCCUGAUGUUGGCCAACUGGCGUCCGGCUCAGCCGCUGAAAAACAGACAAGUCAGAGUUUUCCCCAAAUAAGGCGGCCCCGGGGCGGCAUCGGGGGGAGAGCCUUUGGGCCUCCCUUUAGCUUAGCACAAGCCCACCUUGGUGAACUGGGCCCUCGCUGCUUUGCAUCUGGCUUUCUAGACCCUUCAUCUCUCACCUGACGUGCUUACUACUAAAAUGUGAAAACCUAGGCCAAUUGUCAUGAUUGACAGAUUUGCUGUGACUGGUGCUUUGCUUAUGAUAGUAGCCUUUAUGGGACAGAGAAUAUAAGAACCUAGAUUUUGCUCACAGAAUGUAGGGUAAUGAGCACUCACGAUGGUUCAGUAAAAUGCUAUUUUUAAAAUAUAGGAAGGUAGGCUGAUUGAGUGCAAAUCUAUAUAUGGGGGUAAACUGAACUGUGUAGUAUAAAUCAGGUAAAAUGGUGAUGGACAGGGAGGCCUGGCAUGCUGUGAUUCAUGGGGUCGCAAAGAGUCGGACACACGACUGAGCGACUGACCUGAACUGAACUGAACUGAAAAUAGUCUUGAUCCUAUGUAAUGUAAAUCAGAUAAAUGUUUGUGAUUCCAAGAUGGUAUAAUAAAGAAAAACUUUAAAUUCUUAUAUAUUUGUAGCAAUGGUAUUUUAAUUAUGCUGUGAUUUAGUGAUUUUUGAACCAUAGAGAUGUAAAUGAAUUAUCUAUAAAAAUUGUUA